GAGGAGACAGAAACCAGAGUCAACGCUCAAGCUGCAGCAUAUGAAUACACGGCUGCAUAUAUUGAAAAUGCCAAGCAGGUUGGUCGACUGGAGAAUGCUACUGGCUGGUACCACAGUCACUCAGACUAUGGAUGCUGGCUCUCAGGCAUAGAUGUCAGCACUCAGAUGCUCAACCAGCAGUUUCAGGAGCCUUUUGUGGCUGUUGUGAUCGAGCCCACUCGGACCAUUUCUGCAGGGAAAGUCAACCUUGGUGCCUUUAGAACGUACCCAAAGGGCUACAAACCUCCAGAUGAGGGACCAUCAGAAUAUCAGACAAUCCCUCUGAACAAGAUAGAAAACUUUGGUGUGCACUGUAAACAGUAUUACACCUUGGAGGUCACCUACUUCAAAUCUUCCCUUGAUAGAAAACUCCUGGAACUCCUUUGGAAUAAACACUGGGUUAGUUCCUCAAACCUCCUUACGAACUCAGACUACACCACAGGCCAGGUGUUUGACCUGUCGGAGAAGCUGGAGCAGUCGGAGGCCCAGCUUGGCAGAGGCAGCUUCAUGCUCGGCUUGGACACACACGACAGGAAGUCUGAGGACAAACUAGCCAAAGUGGCAUGAGAUAGCUGCAAGACGACCAUAGAAGCAAUUCAUGGGCUGAUGUCUCCAGUAAUUAAGGACAAACUCUUCAAUCAAAUUAACACAUCUACCAAUUAAAGCUAAACCUCAAGGCAGUUUGGAUUUCACCUGGAUAUAAUUUUUUUGUGUGUGUGCAUG